CACAUGCUGCUUCUAUAAUUCAUCAAUGUAGCUGCAAUGUCACAUUAUAAAUACCACUGUCACCCACAUUAUCCAGAUACAACCACUUAAAAACCUUACCAAAACUCAUUUUUGAAAAAUCACAUCAUGGCUGAAUUCACUGCAGAUUGGCAAAGUCUUAGACCCUCAUCAUUUCCUUUCUUAGAUAUUGAUAACAUGGAACUACUAAAUCAUCUCAAAGGGGUGAAUUCACAUACCUUGGACAACUCAAUUUUGAACAUGCAGAACUUGAUGCAAUUCUCCAGUGGCAGCUUCUUUUGCUCCUCAGAACCAGAAUUUCAAGGAAACUUGGAAGAAAAUAUGCCAGGCCUUGUGCAUCAUUUCAAUCAAAAUGCAGCUCCAGUUUCACCACCUAUUUCUUCAGUAGAAAAUGAAGGUAGAAAGAGGAAAGCAACCAACAUGAGUGGACCUAGUUCUGCAAAUUCAACCCCUUCAGUUUCUGAGAGUGAAAGCAAGAUCAAAAAUUGCUCUGGAAGAGGCAAGAGAGUAAAAAAGAACAUGAUGGAAGAGGAAGACAAGAAAUCAACACAAGUAGUUCAUGUUAGAGCCAGAAGAGGUCAAGCUACUGAUAGUCACAGUUUAGCAGAAAGGGUUAGAAGAGGUAAAAUCAAUGAAAAACUUAAGUGCUUGCAAAACAUUGUCCCAGGAUGUUACAAGACUAUGGGUAUGGCAAUAAUGUUGGAUGAGAUCAUAAACUAUGUCCAGUCCUUGCAACAUCAAGUGGAGUUCCUCUCUAUGAAGCUCACUGCAGCAAGCACCUUUUAUGACUUCAAUUCAGAGAUAAAUUCUUUAGAGGCAAUGCAGAGAGCAAGGGUAUCCGAGGCAAAAGAGUUGGCAAAGUACGUGACAGAAGGAUAUGAAGGAGUUUCUUGCUUUCAACCAACUUGGCCUUAAUUCCAAUGACUUCUAUUUUGUAAUUUUUAACUCAGAAACCACACGAAUCAAAAAGAAGCUCCAUUCGCACUUCUUACUUUACAAUUUUAUAAGAUCAAAUUGUUUCCACUCUUUGGUAGACAUUCUCAUUUGUAAAAUCCCAUCAAACAUGUGAAGAAAUGAAUGAAAGUGAUAAAAAGCCUACAUUUCAUAUA